AGGUGAGUAUCGUUUAGAUAGGGAUCAAAUUCUGAGUUUUUUCGAGGUCGACGCAGUGAAAACGAAGUUUUACCAGUAUUUGAACGAAGAGGAUGCGGCGGAUCUUGAGCAGAAGCGUAUCGAGUAUUACAACCAUGUCAUGGCUGUCGAUUUCCACAAUGAGCGCCUAGUACAACUGCUGCUGAGCGAUCUGCCCUCGAUGAAGGCUCGCCUCGCAGAAGCGCAUCGAUUGCGAGAUACAGAGCUCAUAAAACAGGUCAGGAUUGAUCUCGCUAAUCUGCGCCUGGACGUCUCCGAACGCAAGACCAGCCGCAAUCAGCGCGAACGCCAGCGCUGCGAAUGUGCCCCGGCCCUGGCCCAAAACAUCGGGGCGCUGAAGUCGGCCCAUUUUUUCGCUCAGCAGAGAGAUUCGGAUGAACCGAACGCCAAUAGUAGCAGGCCGAUCGACACUCUCAUACCACGUGAUGAAGAUCCAACCCGUAAUCAGAGCAACAUAGAGGAUGAAUCGACAGCAGUGGUGUCCAAUUUACUAACCGGGGUCAAAGCGGGUAUCAGAAAGAGGCGGGCCAGGCGCAUACCUGACCACGAGAUAGCUCGCCUGCUUAAGGGGGAUGAGUACUGAAGUGUGAACUGCGUAUCAGCUGUUCGCGUGUAGUAGUUGUGUUCUCAGAUGUGAGGGUGUGUCCGUGCGAGUUUGCGUCUGAGUGUGCGUGUGCGCUGGUAUAAGAAUCGUUUGGAGGCUCCCUAGGCGUUGAGAGAGAUUUGGAAGCGUUGUGUGUGUCUAUAGACCCGGGUGCGUGUUUGUGUAUUCCCGGCCAGUCUGACACAGGAAUGAUCUAUAUCAAAUAUACAAAUCGUCUCGGGUCGGAAUGCAGCAAGCAUACUAUAUAUGUGCCAUGACUCGAUCUAAAGUGCAGAGUAUAACUACUUGACUGGAUACCAUAGGGAUGUCAACUGCAGCAAAAAUGUCUCCGAAUUGGGCUUCUUUCUGAACCGAAGUGUACUCUGGUAGGGCCUGAUUUGUUCCAAAGCAAAACAGCACAAGGAAUUCAUCCUUCCGCUUCAUUGUCGAGUACGCCAUGUCUGGUCAUGGAAGGCGGCUCAUAUUUCAUUGUCUGCCUUUGCAAUUGGAUGGAGAUGCGAAUCAAUACACCCUACCCAGUGCCACUCACAUGUGUUGGAACCUCGAACCUCCUCAGCUCAGCUAUAUAGUUGACACUGAUAGACUGACAGCUUCAGCAUUUGAGUACCACGCCGCGCCGUUUCCCAGGCGACUGGGGUUCAGUGUUCGCACCCGAAGCCACGAUGGGAACUAAUUCAGUAUCGUCACAGUUCAUAUAAGACUGGAUUGACCAUUGCAGUAUCAUCACAGUUCAAAUCAGACAGGAUUGUUUCUGUUAUGUUCUUCCCAAGGAUAACGGCUUUAAAUUUUUAAUAUCGACUUAUAUAGUUGCACUUGAACACACUUUUGUGACGGGAUGAGAUGGAUAUAAUUCAGUUCUAUACGGGAACAGGUACCACUGAUAUCGUACUACCGCGCCGAAGUUCUAUAAAGCUUAACGG